AUGGAUCCACAAAAGCAAAGCAACAAGAUAGCUGAAAUAGUCAAGCUUCGACAACUUCUAAAAAAAUGGAGAAAACGAGCAAGUUCAAGCUCAAGAUCAAGUAGCAACAAUGGCAUUGGCUUUCUCAAAAGAACACUAUCAUCUCUUUCAAUGGACAACACCAAUAACAAUCCAAACACAUUCUUAAAAGACACAACAGUUCCAAAAGGGUUUGUGGCAAUUAGGGUUGGAGAUGAAGAAAUGAAGAGAUUUGUUGUGCCAAUGGAAUACUUAAGUUGUGAAGUGUUUUCUGGGUAUUUGUUGAAAGAAGCUGAAGAAGUUUUUGGGUUUCAACAAGAAGGUGUUUUGAAGAUUCCUUGUAAAAUUCACAUCUUUGAGAUGAUUCUUAAAGCAAUGGAGGAUUUUAAGGAAGAAGAUGCUUUAAUGAUUAUGAGGGAAUAUUAUGUUUCUAAUUGUUCUAGGGAAAAUAAUCAUUUAUCCCCUUCUUAUGAUCAUAAGAAUCAUUCAAGUCCAAUGUGUAAGUGA